AUGAUGCCCACCUCCCCAGCUUGCCGCACCGGUUCCAUCCUGCUCUUCCCCAACAUCUCUGCCAAACGCAUGGCUGUCCUGGGGCCAGGGCCACGCUGGGGGCUGCAGGCACUGUCAUUCUGUGCCUGGCUGGCCUCCCCAGCUCCCCGCCUCGGUGCCCUCCUCUCCUAUGCCACCAAGGAUGGUGGCAGUGAGCUGGCAGUGCACAGCCAUAGUGGGGAACUCCCUGGCUCUGCGCGCUUUGUCAUCGGGGACGGGCAGUUUCGGGAGCUCCCGGUAGUGCCGCUCCUGGAUGGUAAGUGGCACCACCUCUGCCUCACCUGGUCCUCCAGCCAGGGCCACGGGCCUCUCCUGCCUGGGGAAGUGCCUAGCAUGGCAACCGGACAGGGGCUGCCCCGCGGCCCCCUCCUCACGCUGGCCAAUGCCUCCCUGCAGGGUGGGGUGCAGAGGGUGGCAUGCCCUGGCCUCCGUCACUGCGUGUGA